AUGGUGGGGGACGGUAAUUGCGGAUUUCGGUCCGUAUCGGCUUUGCUUGGUAAGGGAGAGGAUGCCCAUGAGCUUGUCCGUCAUGAUCUUAUCAAAGAAUUGGUGAACCAUAAAGACUCGUACACGUGGAUAUUUGGAGACGAAACCAAAUUUGAAUCAUUAAACGAGGCUCUUGUUCCAUGGGGUGGCGCUUACGCACCGGUUUCGCAUUGGAUGAGAUUCCUGGACAUGGGGCAUCUUAUUGCAUCCGCAUAUGACAUCGUAUGCAUUGACUUGACGCGUUACGGUUUUUGUGAAACCUUUUUUCCGCUCCGCACGGCACCUCCUACAAAUCCAAUUGAUCGUAUUAUAUAUGUUGGAUGGCUCGCUAAAUCGCGUCAUUUUGUACAAGUUUACUUAAAACCGGGAUGCCCCAUACAGCCUACCUCACCAGAAUGA